UUCUUAGAAGGCGUUUAAAAUGGGGUCAGUGUUUGGCAAAAUGUCAUCAGCAGAAAGGGACAAGCCCUUUUAAUAUGCUCUGGGAACAGUGGUUUUAUUUGAAUUGCUCAGUGUGUAGUUUAAAACUUUAAAUACUCUUCUGUAGUGGCGCAAAUUCGUAGAAAUGGAGAUGGAGCAAGAAACUGUUUAUGGGACUCAUGAAGACUCCCAUGUUGUCAUGUCAGAAAAGGUCCAGUCUCUAGCUGGUAGUGUUUACCAGGAAUUUGAGAAAAUGAUAAGCAAAUAUGAUGACGACGUUGUAAAAGACCUUAUGCCGUUAGUCGUCAACGUGCUCGAGUGUCUUGACAUAUCAUAUACUCAAAACCAGGAGCAUGAAGUAGAAUUAGAAUUGUUGAGGGAAGACAAUGAGCAGCUGGUGACACAAUAUGAAAGAGAGAAGCAAUUAAGGAAAAGCUCAGAACAGAAACUAUUAGAAGCUGAAGAUGCUACUGAGGAUGAACGAAAAGAGCUUCAGAGCAAAAUUGAAAGCCUUGAAUCAAUUGUGCGAAUGCUGGAGUUAAAGGGGAAAAAUGCUUCUGACCAUGUAUAUCGCCUGGAAGAGAAAGAAUCGGAAAUGAAGAGAGAUUAUUCAAAACUUCAUGAACGGUACACUGAUUUACUUAAGACUCACAUGGAUACUAUGGAAAGGACUAAACUAAUGAUGGGAACAACAGAUCGUCUUGAUCCCUCAGGAAGGUCAAGACCCCCUACAAUGUCUUCCUUAAACCCUAUGAACAGGUCUAGUGGGCCAGUGUCUUACGGAUUUGCAUCCUUGGAAGCUGGACCACAGUCUGUCUCUAGCCCAGUUGAGUUUGCACCUUCGGCAUCCUCUCCUACUACUAGUCUUCAAAAUGAGCUGGAGGAAACUCAGUCUCCUAUAAGAGAUAUUUCUCCUGAUCGAUCAUUUUCAAAGUUGCCAUCUCCUGACAAAAUAGGUUGGUCUGAGAGCCUUAGUCCUACAAGUAAAGAUUCAAGUCCUGACACUGAAGAUUUCCCUCCUACUCAACCAGCUGGCAAAAGUCAUACUAAACGAGAGCAACGAAGUGGAAACACACUAUACCAAGAACUCAGUUUCCAAGAUGUUGAGGCUUUGGGAGAAAUGGAUGAAGGUGCUGACAUCACAGGAAGCUGGGUUCACCCUGGAGAAUACGCCUCAUCUGACAGCGACAGUGAAACUGAAGUACGCGGCAAAAUUGCUCACGCUGUUAAUGACAACUUCUUUGGAAUGGGAAAAGAGGUGGAAAAUCUCAUUAUGGAAAACAAUGAGCUCCUGGCAACCAAGAAUGCUUUGAAUAUUGUCAAGGAUGAUCUAAUUAUCAAAGUAGAUGAACUUACAAGCGAGAAUGAGUUUCUGCAAGAAAAGAAGAAAAAAUGGCUGUCUUCAGAGGCAGCACUAAAGCAGCAAAUCCGAGACCUGGAGGAAGAGCUAAAGAAGGCCAAAGAAGAGGCAGACAAAGCUCUUAAGGCCAACAAAUCAGAUGAUGAAGAGGAUGUGCCUAUGGCCCAAAGAAAAAGAUUUACAAGAGUUGAAAUGGCUCGUGUUCUAAUGGAACGUAAUCAAUACAAGGAACGUUUCAUGGAGCUCCAAGAUGCUGUGCGAUGGACUGAAUUAGUUCGAGCGUCUCGCAAUGACCCUAAUUUAGAUCGCAAAAGUAAACAAAGUAUUUGGAAAUUUUUUAGUAACCUAUUUACUCCAACUGAUCGCCCUGUACCGACUGGUAAGUCCCAGCACAUGGGUGUACGGUUCAAUGCUCCUACUCACCAAGUCAGUCCUGCUGGGCCUUUGGGCUCUAUGCGCCAACGUACUCGCACUGAACGUAAACGGGCUGGUGACUUCAUGGAGUCUUCUGAUGUGAAUAAUGAGAAGCUGGCUUUGCGGAGGCAGACGGAGAGGCGGGAGCAGUAUCGGCAGGUGCGCGCUCACGUGGAGAAGGACGACGGGCGCCUCAGGGCGUACGGCUGGAGCUUGCCCGCCAAGGUGCCGAGCCAAGGCACUCCCGGGCAAGCGCAAGGAAUCUUGGGGGUCGGGGCUCUCACUUCCUCGGGGACGAGUCUGCCCAGGCCCAGCAGCGCGGAGCCUGUGCCCGUGCCAGUGUACUGCCGCCCCUUGACGGAGACGGAGCCGGGAGUCAAGCCCUUGCAGAUAUGGUGCGCUGCCGGGGUCAACCUUAGUGGUGGCAAAACUAGAGAUGGUGGGUCCAUAGUCGGAGCUAGUAUUUUUUAUCAUCCAAAUCCUUCUGAAGAAUCUAGUGCCAAUUUAUCCAGCAAUGAUGAUAAGCCAAGUCCUGUGCGGAGCUUAGAAGAAGAACUUGAGGAGGGAGAGAGACUUGCAAGGGCAGGAGAGACAGAAGAGCAACAGCUGUCAUCCUUAGUAUGGAUAUGCACAUCAACUCAUAAAAUGAGUCGUGUAACAGUAGUUGAUGCUAACAACCCAGCUGAUGUGCUGAAGGCAUUCAAUGUAUGCUCAUCACACUUGUUGUGUAUUGCAAGUGUACCUGGUGCGAGAGAAAGUGAUUAUCCUGCCACAGAAGAGGUUCAAGAAACUGAUAGUAAAUUGUCUGGCAAUGAUGACACAACAUCUCAAGAAAUAAAAGUGAACUCGGCAGUUGACAGUGACUCAAUAAGUACUCAGCCAGAUAGUUCAGCUGAUGAUAGUGAAGCAUGCAUUGGCCGCAUAACAUUAGUGAGUUGUGCCACAGGAAGUGAAGCACCUGGGCCUCCCUUGGGGGACUUCGUAGCACCAAAGUUGUCAUCACAAAUAGAGGUGGAACUUGGAGGGUUAGGGGAAGAGGCUGAAGACAUAAGCCCUCCAAGGAGGUUAGUGAAGGAAGUUAGCGGUCUUGUCAAGGAUGGUCUCUCCCAACAUUCGAAAGAUAAUGAUGAGCUGGUAAAUGAAAAUUUGGAGCAGAUGAGUAGUGUUCUUCCCACAAUGUGGUUGGGUGCUCAGAGUGGUGAUAUUUAUGUACAUUCUGCUGUCACCCAAUGGGGUCGAUGUCUUCACAGUGUUCACCUUAAGGACUCUGUAUUAAGUAUAGUACACAUUCAUGGAAGGGUUCUUGCAGCUUUAGCAAAUGGAACAGUUGUUGUAUUCAGACGUGGUUUGGAUGGUCAGUGGAACCUAAAUAACUACCAUAUUGUUGACCUUGGUCCACAACACCAUUCAAUUCGUUGCAUGGUCUCAGUUCAUGGACGUGUUUGGUGUGGUUAUCGCAACAAAAUUCAUGUCUUGGAUCCUCGUUCGCUUAAAGUGGAGAAAACUUUUGAUGCUCAUCCACGCAAAGAAAGUCAAGUGCGUCAAAUGGCCUGGCUCGGAGAUGGAGUUUGGGUGACAAUUCGCCUUGAUUCAACCCUUCGGUUAUACCAUGCUCAUACAUACCAACACUUGCAAGAUGUAGACAUUGAGCCUUAUGUGAGCAAAAUGCUUGGCACUGGAAAGUUGGGCUUCUCAUUUGCCCGUAUCACAGCACUCCUUAUCUCAUCAUCUAGAUUAUGGAUAGGCACAGGAAAUGGUGUUAUAAUAUCGGUUCCUCUUUCAGAGAGUGCUGGUGGUGCAGGCAACAUUAUUGGUGCGGCAAGAGGCCCGGGAUCUGUUGUUCGUGUUUAUGCUGAUGCUCAAACAAACCGGGUUACUCCUGGCAGUUUUAUUCCUUAUUGCUCUAUGGCACAAGCUCAGCUUUCUUUCCAUGGCCAUAGAGAAGCUGUAAAAUUCUUUGUGUCUGUGCCAGGUUCAGGCGGCCUCUCUGCAGCUACAUCUGCUCCAGUUGAAACCCCAACUGUUGAUAAUUUACCAGAUUCUGAAAAACCUUAUUCAAUGCUGGUGAUGUCUGGAGGUGAAGGAUACAUUGACUUCAGAGUGGAAGAUGACGCGGACGAGGCUCAGGACUCUGCAUCGCACCUCAUAGUAUGGCAGUUGUUGCCAGCCCGGUGAGGAAGAUGAUGACGACGGAGAAGCAGAAGUAGUGCCGUCCACUCAAGAAACCUCUCAAACCCUUAGCCGUGGAGUACAGAGUCAUCUCAUUGUUUGGCAGGUUAUGCGUUAGGCUUCAAUCUUAGGCAAUCAUUUUUUUAAGUUCUCGAGGUCCUGUCAUUGAUUAUGCAAGAAUAGUCUGCAACCUUUGUUUAGUUGGUCUAAACUGUUGUCAUUGUUUCUUCAGUUUUUAUGAACUGGUAUUUAUUUAAAUUAUUGUUCAUCACUUAUGGGUUUGGCAUCUGUCUAGUCUUGACGUUGCAUUUAGUUGCCAUAGUUAGGAAAACUUAAUUUCAUCCAAGUGGUAUGUGCGGAGGCACCACGACCAAACAAGUAGUGUAUGAUCUGGAUUAUUAUGUUGCUUGAAUAGAGCAACUUCUGCUAUGCAGAAGUGUCAAUUACAGUUUUAACCCUCUUUUUCAUUAUUUUGAUCUUAAAAUUGUAACAAAUGCUUGUGAAUUGGGUUCAAGCAAAAAGAAAAGGUAUCUGAUGAAUUUUUUUCUGGUUGCCAAAUAAUGUUACAGUUAUGAGAUACCAAGUUUAGGAUUCUUUGCCGCGACUUAAUACUUAUGUGAUUAUUGUAUUUUGUACAAAAAUACAUUGUAAUAGUUUAUUUCAUUUUUAAUUUAUGUCUUGUGUCUAGUCGCGGUCUACCGGGCAUCUCUUUUGAUAAUUUAUUGUCUAUUUUUUGGCAUUUACUUUGUUAAUUUCACAUUAUUCUGUGAUUCAUCUAUGGAAUAAGAUUACCGUUGCAGUUCUUGCCAGAUGUCCUGCUUGGGCUAAGCUUGCACUAGUCUCAUAAACCAUUUCGUUUGAAAAAGAGUUUGAAAAGAAUUGUAGUGCCCUUGGAUACUUGACAGAAUUCACUGUACUUUGAAACAAUAGGAAUUCGUUCUGAAUUCCGAAGUGUGUUCAUUGUUGCUCAAAUGAUCUAAUUCCAACCAGCUCACACAUGGCUUUAAGCUUUUGGACAUUGAAAUCACUGUUUUCCCCUUGUUUCAAUUCUGUUUUAUGAGUGAUUCAUUCGAUUUUUUGACCAAUUUUCAGUUAGCCUCUGUUCUGUUUUCAAAGCUGUCAAUGGUCCUUUGCAAAACAAAUUAUUAUGAUAAUAGGGUGGCCUUUUGUUGAUUCCUCAUUGACGGUGAAUCUUUUAAUCAUUUAAUCAACCUUGCAGUUAAGUUUAGAGAAUGUCUUUUGACUACUAUCAAAUGACCUUAUCUCACUUAAGUUUGUUGCUUCUCUUUUGCCUCUUUUUACCCUCACUAUGGCUAAUCUCUAAUCUUAAACCUUUACAAAUGCAGUAGUCAUAUGCAUAUUUUUUUUUUUUUUUUUUUGUCUUCUGCUUAAAUUUUUGCACUUCCUGAGAAAUAAUAUUUAGUCAGCAUAGAGUAUUAGUUUUGUGUAUAUCCCCCCCCUUCCCCAUUUCCUUUUAAUUUUUUUUCUUAAAAGUGAUUGAGUUUAAUGUUGUUUUUAAUAUUAAAAAUGAUUGUGCAAACAAAUGUAAUUAGGAACUAUUACAUUAAUUUUAAUUGUAAUAAAGUGUGAUGACUGUUACGACUCACAUACGUGAUAUUACUUGAAAAGCAAACAAAAGCUUGUACAGAUUGUACUUUUGUAAAGUUGUCAAUGUGUGUACAGUGUAAGUGUUUUGUAUUAUUAAGUAUCAAUUCUUUAAAAAUGAUGGUUCAUUACAUUCUCAGUUGUGCAUAAGCUACCUGGCGGUGACUAUGUAGUUCAGUUCUGUUGGAGUAAACUGACAUGCUCUAUUAACUGAGAAUUUAUGACAUCUACACUUGGAAGUCUCAAGUUAAUUUGGCUAAGAUAUUUUUCUGAUAAAAGGUAAGCCUAUUGUACAUUUGAUUUCUUUGUCAGUCACAACUUCUCAAUUGUACAGAUAGUUUUAAAAAAAUAACAAAAGAAAAACAUUCAGCAGUGGACAAUGUUUUAAGUUCAGAAGUGUAAUAGAAUGGAGUCUGACUGGUCAUGUAUAGAUAACGUAUUGAAUUGUGAUAAAAUUUGUCUUGUAUGCUUUGCUUUGUACCAAAUAUUUUUCUUUCUGUUUUUUUUUUUUAAAUAUGCAUAUAAUUGAUGUGUGAGUAUGGUUGUUACAAGGUAUUUUGCAUAUAUACAUAUAACCAAAUAUUAAAAAGCAAAAACUAUAGAA